AUGACUCAGAUAAAGACCAAACAAAUUGAAUGUUUUCAUAAAAUAUAUAUGCUCUAUCCAAUGUAUGUAAUAGCAGAAGAUGAAAAAACUCAUAAUAAGAAGUCAGAUAAACAGGAUGAUGGUGCAUUUUUGGAGAAGUUGCAACAAUUAGUUUGUUGUAUUAAAAGAUGUCUUUUAAAUAUUGAUCUCUAG